GAUGUUAUUUCUGUUUAGUUUAAAUAAAAAUUAAAAAAUAAUUUUUAGAUAUUAAGAUAGAUAGAUUGAAAAAUAGAUAUAUUAUUAUAAAUCUAUAAUGUUAUCUUUCAGCUGCUAAUUUAUAUGUAUUCUAUGAGAGAUAUAGAGAGAUUAUCAGAGCAGUCUGUCAUGUAAUUUAACUGUACAGCACCAUCUAUUGGACAAACCCAUAAUAUAAACAGCUGCUGAUGGUGUAGCGGCCUGAGGAAUAUUUCACACACGCUCUUCAUUUAAACAUACCUGCUAUCAUGGACCAGCGUCCCUGGAAGGUACUUCAGCUUGUUCUGGAGCAGAAGAUGCAGCAGAUGUUUCACUACAGAAUUGCGUGAAAAGCAAUGAUAAUUGGCAGAACGCGUAACGUGAGGAAAAAAGACACUCCCUCUUUCUAGUUUCACUUCCUCAUGAACAAAGUUCAGUUAGGUCUACACGAAAAACAGAAAGAGAAAACAUGAACACGACCGCUUCUAGAAACACAGCAAAGCUCAAGUUUUCAUAGCAUCGCAUUCAGAUUAUUGGACUCCCGUUUGCUCAGAAAGCUAAAGCUAAGGCACUUUGUAAUGGAGGAAGAGCUAGAACCGCAUGAAACCAAGGCAGCGGAUGCUAAAGAAGAUGUUUCUUCAGCUCCCGAGGAUUCUUCAGCUCAGCAGGACAGGUCACGCGACAACGGUCGGUUUAAGUCGAUUCCUAAGUUGCAACCGACAUUGCGAGAUCGCGUGUAGAAUUGCGUGUUCGCUUUAUUCACGUCUCGUUACAGCUGAAGAGGCAGACGUGGGUUUCAGCGCCUCGUGUCUAACAACAGCAGAACUGCAGCAGCACUGGAGAGCCGUUAAGCAGGAGUUCAGAAGCGUCAAACUGCUCUUUGACAUCCCCACCACGCGAAUCAUCGAUCGGAAAAUCUCCAAAUAUGUGGUGUACCAGGUUGUGGCGAUCCGCUCAGGUACUUACGACUGUGAGCGAGUAGCUAUUGAGCGACGCUACUCAGACUUCCUUCACCUUCAUCAGGAGCUCCUGCGGGACUUCGUCGAGGAGAUGGAGGACAUUGUGAUGCCCAGGAAGAAAAUGACGGGCAACUUCUCAGAGGAGAACAUCGCAGAGAGGCGCGUGGCCCUCAGAGACUAUCUCACUCAGCUCUACUCGCUCCGUUGUGUCCGAAAAUCACAGGCGUUUCUGGCGUUCUUCACCCAUAAGGAAUUAAAAUCUUCAUAUGACCUCCUGCGCGGGGGGCGCUUCUCCCGGGCCCUUGAGGGCCUAAAGAACGUGUUGAUACUUCAGGAAAAACUGUCUUCUCAUAACCCUACUUUGAUGGUACCAACCCUGUGUGCCAUACUGGUGUGCCAAAGAGAUCUAGAAGAUUUUGAUGCAUCGUUUCAAACCGGCAGAAGAGCUCUGCCCACAGUCAGACGCUAUGAGCUCCGCCAGUAUCAAGGGCCCCUGCUGGAGGCUCUUAUUGAUUUGGGCUACAGUCUUGGACUGCCUGUGGCCCAUUUACAAGAUGAGCUGACCAGAGUGCAAGACUCUCCAAAUGGACAGGUGUCAGAGAUGUCCCUUAAAGAACUGGUGGUGCAAGAGUUUGUAUAAUCAACAACACCUGCGAUGUAGUUGUGUUUAGUAGGUUAGUUCAUCACUUGAUCCAAUUUUUAUUAUAAAAUACCAAAAUUCCCAUAUAUUUGCAAUGUAGGAUGGUCUUUCCCAAAAGCAUCGUAGGCUUAUGCAUAAGUCCAAUGGACAUACUGUAAGAUCAUCUUAAGCUUACAGUGUGGGAUCUUUUGACUUGGACCAGAAAGAAACCAGAAUCUUUGAACCCACCAGAUCACUCUACCAAGCCACCAACUCAUAACAACUCACUGGAAAACUGUACAACAAUGAAAAGCAACGUCGCUACAGCU